UGCAAUAAAAUGGGGCUCUCGAAGAUCUGGCUUGUGGUGAGUUGUCUGCUGUGGACCUGCCUGCCCCAGAGCCAGGGAACGGUGUAUCCGAGGGACAUCCUUCUAAAGACUCCCAAAUUUCGACGCGUCUGGGGCGGUGUGCAGUCCAACACAGGCCCGAAUUUCGGAGGCUGGCUGCUGCGGAUCCUAAACGGUGAUGGUAACUUUGCCUGCGGAGCUGCCUACUAUGCCCCUCUGCUCGUUAUCACCUCGGCCAACUGCAUCUAUCCGUAUCGGAACAGCCUUGAAGGUGCCACGGUGGAGGGCACCGCGUUCUCCGAAUGCGAUAGGGAGAACUAUGCUGAUAUCGAUACGAUUCAAUUUCCCGAGAAAUUUGUCUACCAGAAACUUUACAUGGACGUGGCAGUAGUGCGUCUAAGGGAUCCCGUUAGGGGACGGCUCACUGAGUUCAUCCGUCUUUGCACCGUCAAGGUGCAGCCCAAAAUGCAAAUGGUGGUCUUCGGAUGGGGUUUCGACAAUACGGAGGUGGAGAUACCCUCAUCGGAUCCCCGAAACGUUACAGUGACUAUUAUAUCCGUUAAGGAGUGCCGUCAAAAAUUCAAAAGCCCAAAGAUAGCGAGCACAUCAGUCUGCGCCAAACAGCCCAAGAAUCCGAAGCAGUGCCUCUACGACGGUGGAAGCCCCCUGAUUUACGAAAGAGAGCUCUGCGGCGUCGUGUCCUUCGGAUCACACUGCAUCGACACCUCCAAGCCCGGCAUGUACACCAACAUCAGAAGAGUGAAACGAUUUAUCACUGAAACGGAAGAAGCCAUAAAUGCCGGUGAUGUCUUCAGAUCAACUAAAGUAGUUAAAGAAAAGAAGAAACCACCGAAGAAAACAAUCAAACCAAAAUCGAAGCCAGUAAAGAUUUUAAGAACUGUAAUGGUGGAGCCCUUGGUGUGUUGAAUGAAAUACAAC